GGAGAUUGAGCAGCAGGCGGCUGCGAAAUGACCUUACAGAGUACAUGCUUCUUAAAAAGUUUAAGCCUUAGUGUACUGUAUUUGUUUGUGUCGUAGGAAAGUAAGUUAUUGGAUUAUAUUUAAAUCACGAGUAGAAAUCUUCAUCAUUCUGAAUUCAAUCUUAUUGCAACUUGUGCUUCUGGUCCGGAAAUUUCAUCAUUAUUAUUAUGGACAGUAUAUACUGUCUAACCCAAUUUCCAAAACUUUUGGAUAAAACUACAAAUUUUGUUAUGUUGUCCUAUAAGCGUGUUGCUGAUUGACCGUUUUCAUAUAGACUGUUAGACCGGAGCUAUGUUAAUACGUUUGUUGAAUGCUACUUAAUCUAAAUACUAUGCGUCUAAAAUGCCAAAGAAUCCCUAAAUGUACUUCGAUACAAAUGUUUGCCAGAUAUGUGUCAAAAAUUUUCGUGUAGUCUUUUUCGUUCAUUUUCACAUCAGUAUAUAAAAAUUCAUUAUUCUACGGUAAACAUGAAGAGCGAGUGAUGUUUUAUGGCAAUCUACAACAUGCAGUCUUUGGUUGGUGCCAUCGGGAGAUCAACUUUGAAGAAGUUACUUUCCAGAUAUGCAGUUUAGUACAAGGGUUGGUAUUGCGUUAGGGAUUCCACGUUUUGCACAGCUAUUAUCUCAAGAAUGAUUCUUCCCUCCUCUGUGCCUAAGCGUAAAAAGGCAGAAAAGGAACUUUUUAAAGAUACUCAUACCAUAGAAUCAAAUGAAAUCAUUUGUAAGUUAGUCAAAUCGUGCGGCAACUAUUUGUUCACUGCGAUAACAGAACAGGGAGAGGAAGUUUUCGUAUCCAUUCCAGAAAGAUUUCGCAAUACAUUCUACUUUGCUCAAGGUGGUUUUGUUAUCUGUUCACCGCUGGAUAGCAAAAAGGUGAAGGGAGAAAUUCGAACUGUGUUACAAAAGGAUAAUAUUAAGGCUCUGGUUAAUGAAGGCCGUUGGCCGGAAACUUUUACUGUAAACAUAUCAAAGGAAUCCUCAAUAAAGAAUGACAAUUAUAUCCCAGAAGAUAUGCUUCCAUCAUUCUCUGAUAGUUCUGACACAGAAAGUGAAUGUAUAUCUGAUAAUAAUUAAAAAUUGUAUAUAUAUUUGUGUGGUUGAUUUCACCACUUAUCAACAGUAAAAUCUCGUUUUUUUUUAGAAGCAGUUUCCUGAAUUUAUCAUUGUUGUUCUCUUUAUCAAUCUCGUUUCCCCAGUAUAUUUACCAUUUAUUUUCGUUGUCUAUUACUGUUGGCAACGAGUUGAUGUUUCAGCAAUUAUAGGUUAUUUGAAUAAAUUGAAUCUCAACAGAAUUUUUAGGCUUAACUCUAACUAACAUCACUAGUAUUAAGAAGUGGUCGCAUAACCAUUGUCAACAAAGUUAUUUGAUGUUAAUCUUUUACAACUUAAUACCAAAUUCUGUUCAUUUGGAU